AUGUCGGCGAUGGACAUGCUGAUGAAGAUGCGGGCUGUCAGUGCAGCCCGCGGCCUUGCAGCCAUGGCGAACUCACCCCCAGCUCCACCAGCCCCGCCGGCACCGCCGGCCCCGCCGGCUCCUCCUGCUCCUCCCGCGCCUCCCGCACCUUCCGCUCUUCCGUGUCCUUGGCCCCCAUUCCCACACCCCUUCGAACCGGGCUUAGGCGAAGAGGAGUUCCUUGGGCAGUCAGUGCCUAACCCGUCUUCGUCCGAAGAUCCAGAGAGUGGUGGUGCCGCAUCAGCCGAUGAAAGUGUUCCCUAUCCUCUCCCUCGCUUCCCCACUGAUGUGCUGCGCGAUGUCGACCCUGCCGCGGUCACCCGUGAUGCUGCAACCCCCGAUUCCCGCAACAGGGUUAACAAGCACAAGCGCCACACUCGCACAAUGGCGGAGAAGACCUCCUGGCUCACGCGGAUGCGCGAUGAGCACCUCACGGUGCGCGAAACUGCACGGAUGGCCGGCGUGCAACCUGUCAGCAUCCGGCGCUGGAAGAAGGUGGCUGACGCGAUGGCAUCAGCGGCUGGCAGCCGUCUGCGGCUUUCAGGUGGCGGACGGCGUGCUCGCUACCCCGACAUGGAGCUAUCUGUUUACAGGCAAUUCCUCUCCCACAGGUUGCGGGGACUGGCGGUCCCGAUUAAGCUGCUGCAGACGUGGAGCCGGAUUGCGAUGAAGAACCGGCACCCUGAGGUCAACUGGCGCGCCUCUCCGCGAUGGAUCUUCAGGUUUCGCAAGCGGUGGGGACUGACCGUGAGGGUGAAGACCAAGAUCGGUCAGCGGCUGACGAAAGGUGUGUUCAUUGUGUAA